UUGAAUCUAUGAUCUCAGAUGUUGUUUGACCCUUCAAGGUUGUCCGUAGUAUUUAUGGUUAUUUAAACGUUUUGUCACAUGGUUCUACUCAGUUCGUUGCACUAACAGGUUAAUUAUAUUCUCCUUCAACGUUCUUCAUAUCUGCAACCUUAAAAUUUCAAAUUCGUAACUACGUGUUUUGAUUGAAUUCUAUGUCUGUAGUCAAGUUUACAUUAUCUAGUGAUGACCAAGACGGUGUUCCAUGCCCAGAUUCUAUUCCUUUGAAAGUUGAUGAAAUAACAAAAAGUAUAGUCGGUCAUCUUAAAACUCAGUGCUCAAAAAUUCUCUCUGGAAGCUGGUCUGAUACGAAUAAUUUCUGUGUUGAGCUAUCGAAGAGUUGUGGACUAAGCAAUUAUUUAUAUAUUGGAUAUUUAAAUAAUGAUAUUAUUUCUUUGGAAAAUGAACCACGUAAAGUACUUAUUCGAGUAUAUGGUGAAGUAUUGAGAAGUUGUACAGACUCGAUUAUCUCUGAUUCAGUUAAUUUUGCAUUACUUUCGGAAAAAAGGAUUGGGCCUAAACUUCAUGGUGUAUUUCCUGGUGGACGAAUUGAAGAAUUUAUUGAGUCCAGACCUUUAACUACACAAGAACUUCCACUAAUUAUCGAAGUAGCAGCACGUCAUAUGGCUUCUUUCCAUAAAUUAUCCAUGCCAUUUUCAAAAACCCCAUCAUUCAUAAUAAGAAUGUUUGAUAAAUAUCUUAGUCAGUUGACAAGCACACCUGAACAUUUACAUCGUCCAUCUCCAAAUUUUUCUUCGAAUACUUUAUCUGAAUUAGAAUCAAAAGGUUUCUCUUUUGCUAAUGAUGGACAUAUAUUGACGGAACCAUCUUACGAAGAAGCUAGAAAUAUGGUAUAUGAAUUAUCUCUCAUAGACGAAUAUAAUUGGAUAAAAGAAAAAUUUGAAGUUCAUUAUGCUGAAGUAUUCCCAAUUGUAUUUUGCCAUAAUGAUUUCCAAGAAAAUAACCUACUUCUUUUAAAUGAUCCAAAAGUUGAUAAGGUCUAUCGUAUUCUACCAAUCGACUUCGAAUACUCUGGUUACAAUUAUCGUGCUUUUGAUGUUGGGAAUCAUUUUAAUGAGUGGUGUUAUGAUUACACGAACCCUGAUCAACCGUAUUAUUUUCACAAUAUUGAAAAUUACCCAGAUCGUUCAAAACAAAGGCUUUUUUGGAAAGCAUAUCUAACUGAAACUUAUUCAAAUGUAGAAAAUGAUCAUUUUAAUAAAAGAAAUGGUAAUUUCAAUUGUGUUGAUAAUUAUGAACAGAAUAAUAAUAAUAAUGUUGUUCGAUUUGCUAAUUAUCAUGAAGAGGAUUAUGAUUAUGAAAAUUUAUGGAUUGAAACAAUCUAUGGUUCAUUAUUAUCACAUUUAUUUUGGUCUGCAUGGUCACUUGUUCAAAGUCAAUUAUCAAGUAUUCAGUUUGACUUUAUGGAUUAUGCUAAAGUUCGUAUGAAACAUUAUCAUCUUAUGAAAUCUUGGUUACCUCGGGAACAUUUGUGAAGAAAACGCACAUAUCUGAAUUUUUACUCAUUUGUUUGUUUCUUUUUUAUCACAGGAUAUAGAUAACCAUUUGUUUAGUAUAAUUUAUAGGAUAAAACAAAUUAAUUAUUCACAUGAUAACAAUGAUGAUCGUAACUUUCAACUAAUUUAUCACUGGAUUUGUGCUUUUUGUGUACAUUUGUAAGUGUUUUAUUAUUUAAAAAAACCUGGUUUGUUGCUUAUGUGUGUCUACACGUUUGCUACCGUAUUACACAUCACCCGGUUAGUAGUAUUUCGAAAAACAAGACCACAAUCUGUGAUAUUAAUGAGCAAAUUAUUAUUAUUUCUGUUAGAACAAAGUAAAUAACUUAAAUCUUUAUUCUUGAGUAGCGUUUUCAUGCUUUUCUUACCUUUAAUAUCCUUUAUUUCUUUUCUAGUCUUCCAAUUUACACUUGUAAUUAUCAUUUUUAAUGGUUAAUCAUAUAUUUUUGUCUGUUUGCUUGUUUAUUAUUUUGUUUCUAUUUAUUUCAGUUGUUUCCUUCGUAUUGUUAUUUAUUAACAAAUUCUACUAUUUUUGAUACAUCAACUUAUUUACAGACAAAUAUUUCCAAUGCUUUAAAAACAACGAUAUAUACUUUUCCAUUGUUAA